AUGAACUUUUGCUUCGACGGCAGCGGAAUUGUAGUGACGAUGUACGUGACGACGACGGGUGACGACUGGGCGAACAACGCAGAAGCAAGCAUCGCCAAAGUGGGAGACAACGGAAAAGGAGAGAGGCCUCUUGAACGAGAUGGAAGUAUAUAA